CAAAACCUUACAAGUACUUGGCCGUGGCCAUAGCAAAACUAGCAUCCACAGUGAACAGCAUUAACGAUAUCAAAGAUAAGCAGUCGUGCCACGCCGGGGCCAUUAACGACCCUGCAGGCUGGGACAUGCCGUUGUCGCUGCUUGCCAAGAACAAGAUGAUGACCGUGGCGGCAUGUCACGACGACCUCAAGAACGCACACCAAUACUUCAGCGGAAGCUGCGCGCCGGGAAAUUGGGCAAACGACUUGUAUAAGCGGGGAAAUUACUCAGACAAGCUGUGCUCGCUCUGCGGGAAUACACAGCAAUGCAGCGAGACCGACAGCAACCACGGAGCAGAGGGCGCCAUCUCGUGUCUACGUAACAAGGGCGGUGACAUUGCCUUUACCACCGAUGCAGUUUUGGCUGGCAUCCAGGAUUUCGGAGACAGCGACAAAUACCGCCUGGUCUGCACCGACGAAACCUCUGGAAACACCAACCAACCGCUCUCGCAAGUCGAAUACUGCAACUGGGGACGCUACCCGACCCAUCAUAUCAUGACGUAUAAGUCACAUGGACAGAAGAAGGCAAUAGGAGACGCCUUAGCGGAGCUAUAUUUUAGCGCCAGGGGAACGAAUCAGCAGUUCGUCACCGCCCUGCUGGCAUCAAACGACAAUGACAAUCCCAGCGAUUCGGACGGGAGCCGACUGCCGGAGAAGCUCGGCAUCGUCGUCCGGGAUACGACCCAAGACGAUUUUCUCAUCCUGAUCAGCGACUACCUCUCCGAGCCGUUCAUCGAUGCCAACGAGAAGGACUACUGCCCGAGCUCCAACGACGAGAAGGAAAUCAGCAUCUGCACGACGGCGUCGAAGCAGGAUAAGCAGCAGUGCGAGGACCUGCGCGACGCGCUCGCCGUGCAGUACGUCAUGCCGAGCAUCAAGUGCGUCGAGAACAGCGACUUCAAGGGCUGCCUGAGCAGCGUCGGCUCGGAGGGAGGUACCGACUAUGCCAUCAUGGACGCCGGAUGGGCGUAUCAGGGCGGCAAGUGGGAGCAGACGAGACCCGUCAUGAAGGAGAUGUACGGCGGCCAGGACCAGUUCAAGUCCGUUUUGGUCGUCAAGUCGACCAGAUCGGGCAAUUUCAACAUUCACGGCUUAAAGAAUAAGAGGGUCUGCGCGCCGUUCAUUGGCAGUGCUGCGGGCUGGCUGCAGCCAGGAAGAUUGCUGAGAAACGUGGGACACUUCAGCCUCCCUUACUGCCAGCUAGAAGAGAAGAUGGCCUCCUUCUUCUCCGGCGGCUGCGUACCGGGAGCGACCAAGGGAAAUCUGGUCAAUCUUUGCCUCAACGGAGGCAUGAUGACCCAUGACGAGCAGUAUUUCGGCUUUGCUGGUGCUUUCAGGGGACUGGUCGAAGAUACGUGCGAUGUAGCUUUCCUCAAGGACACGACAAUCGACGAGAACGUCGAUGGCAGAAACCAAGACGAUUGGGCAAAGAAUUUGAUUAAAAGCGACUACAAGUACCUUUGCCGGGACGGCGGCGUCAGAGAUACGGGCGCCGAUUGCAACGCCGGUGCGACGCCGAGCAAUCGUCUGCUGACGUUUGAUCAGAAGCCGUGGGAAGACAGGUGGAUCAUGAUAGAUCUGCUGAAGACGGCGCACGAGUACUACUACACUACCACCCAGGACUCAGGUAAAUUCCAGCUGUACGGAUCGCCGUACAACACCACCGACACUAUGUUUACGGACAGCACCACCGAACUAGACGAGCUCGCCUCCAACGCCACCUGGUACGAGGAUUUCCGAUACUUCGACGACGGCGAAUUCGUUCGAGUAUUGAAUGAAACCGAUCCCUUAGACUGCCGUGCUGGCUCGGCCAAGCAAUCAAUCGGUCUGCUGGCGGUUCUAGCCAUCUCUGUCGCUGCUUGGUUUAUCAAAUAAAUGGCUUGUGCGUGCAGCGGCAACGAGACACAUUGCGAUCGCAGAAUAUUUUAAUAUCGAUACAGCAUUUUACAAGUGCGCGAACGUUGGACGUGGUGUAGCAGUAGCGUUAAACCCAUUUUUACACAGAUCUAUAAGAUGGAUAAUUUUAACUGAGAGGUCAGAUUCGUAGUAUAGGCUUCGAUUAAAAGUGAGCGAUUAAUUAGAUGUAGUUUGUCGGUUCAAAAUCACGUUCAGAACUGAAUUCGUUCUAAGACAGAGUUUGUCAUUGACUGUACAAACAUAUUAUGCGUAUGAUAAAUUUUUAUUCGUAAGAGGGAUUUUUAGUUUUUGGUAAAGGCUAUCAUGCAAUAAUGUUAUUCAUGCCCCUGCGCACCCGAGUUUGAGUGUUAAACUCUGCUAUUGCUUUAAUCAUCGGCAUUGAUCUACUGUAUAUUGCGCGAGCAUGAUCUACAACUAAUAAGAGCAUGAGCGUUACAAUUAAUUUGAUAUAAAUUGCUAUUUGUACAUAAUGUAAACUGCGUGGUCUGUUGAUUUAUUAGUCUCUGGACAUUAUGUGAUCUAUAUAACGUAAUCAUGCGAAUUUAUAUGACAAAAUUUGUUAAGUCUUAAACCACAAAAACGGUCAUCUGAUUAAUAGAAUACUGACACAUAUCUUUGAUCUUCAUAGAUAUAUAGCUUAGGGUGGUAGAGAUUCUAUGAUUAACUGCUUCGUAGGUAGACCUAUUAGAUCACGAUAGAAAAUAUACAUGGAAUGGCAAUAACGUAUGAGGCAUAAUUUAUAUCAUUAAAAUCGAAAAACAAUAUUAAAAUAUUUGACAAUGUUA